AUGCCCCUUACAGAAACUACAUAUCCUCCACCCGACUCGGCCAUCGAUUCUUCUUCGUCGCCGGUCUUUCUCAUCUUCUACUCGAACGUGGAAGGAGGGAGUAUGUGGUGUCCCCAUUGUAGAGACGUGCAGGGUGUUGUCAAAGCCGCAUUCACUGGUGGCUCGAAACCUCGAGGAGUAAUCACAUAUGUGGGUAACUACACGCAAUGGAAGACCCCUUCGCACCCCGCUCGAGGCAAGUAUGGCGUCAAGAGCGUACCUACGAUCAUCAAAUUCCAGAACGGGAAAGAGACUGGUCGGGCGACAAAGGCAGAUAUCCUCGAUUCUGGAAAGUUUGAAGCCUUUUUGGGCGUAUAA